AUGGCCGAGGAGAUCGCCAAGCUCGUCGAUGCACUCUCGUCGGCGUCGCCCGACGACGAUGCUCUCUCCCAGAGACUUCGCUCAGAUUCCUCCCUCAGCUUAGGGUUCCGCAAGCUCUACUCGAUUCUUAAACGCUGUGUUACUCCGAUUGACGAUGGAGAUGCGGCUGGUGCCAAUUCUAAGCUAGGUCUUCAACAGUUAAACCUCUCCCAAAUUCAAGCUGUUGCUUCCAUAGCAACCGCCGUAGUUCAAGCUACCCGAUCGAUCGCAGUGGAGCACGUGGAGCCGUUAGUUGUAGCAGUGGUGCAGAAGUCCGUGAAAUUUGCUCUAUGUUGCUUGGAGAAGUUAACUUGCGAUGGUGAUGAUUUGAGUAUCCAGAGUAAUAUGGUUCAGCUGUUAGAAAUAGCGCUUGUCGAUAGAGUGGAUAGAGAAUUGGAUUCAUUACAUCCAUACCCACCAAGUGCACUUGUGGACUUGUUGACAACUAUGGCCCUUGAAGAUGAGGCUGUUCAGCUUGAGGAUUAUGUGAGAUGCAUACUUGAAGGCGGAAGGUGCUCAAUUGAAGAAAAAGCAGCUGAUUACAUUCUAAUGAUUAUGGAAUCUGAAAAAUUUCAAUCUGAUGAUGUCGAGAAAUAUUCCGCUAGACGGUCGUUUCGACUUGAUACUAUGAAGUUGAGCACUGUAUCGCGCCAUUAUGCUAAUUUUCAUUUGCAAUGCGUCCGACGUCUUGUGUUCUUCAGCACAGAACUAUUUGGACUUCUUGAACCCUUUGAUGACCAGAUGGCCAGCAUCAAUUUGCGGAAAAAAUUGCCUCUUAUUGUGAGAGUUUUCAAGAUGCUAGGAUAUCUUGUGAAGGAGGAUCCAUGUGUUAAAGUUGAUGGCUCCUUGUUUCAGUCUUUUAUUUCCUUUGCUGGUCGUUUGCCCAAAUUGUUUGGGAUAGAAUUUGAGUUUAUCAGCAGCAGUGCUGUUGUUGAAAGUAGCUUGGAGAGUCUUGCUAUAUUUUUGAUGGAAGAGUUUCUUCAGCUUGUACAGACAGUUUUCCACAGUAGAAGUGUAGUUAAUAACAUCCAAGCAUGCAUAACUGCGUCAAUCUUGGACUAUUUAGAUUCCAGAGUAUGGACAUAUAACAACACUGCUGUUAGCCCUAAACUUCCUCUGGUCUGCUUCCCGCGUGUGGUGAUUUAUCUAUUAAAACUUAUUGUGGAUCUGAAGAAAUAUGCUCAUUACGUUUUUCAGCUUAAAGACAUCAAUCAUGAUGAUUUUGCUGAUAUGAACAUUGGCCAUCCUGCAUGCCAAGUUCGUGCCGCAAAUAUGUUUCUGCUAAAGAAAUACUCGGUUGAGGAGCUAUUGGGAAUGAUUUUCCCUUCAUCAAGACAGUGGGUGUACAAUCUGGUCCAUCUUCUUCUAUUUCUUCAUUCUGAGGGUGUCAAAUUAGGGCCAAAGUUUGAGCGCGCAGGUUCCAAUGUCUUGAAAGCUACUUCUGAACCGGAGAGUGUAGCAUGUCAUGAAGAUGAUGCUCUGUUUGGAGACCUUUUCUCAGAAGGUGGCCGUUCUUUGGGAUCUGUGGAUGGUUCCGAUCUACCUGUGGCUGCAGGUACUUCUGUUUCUAACUUCAGCAAUAUGCCCAGCCAAGCAGCCGCAGAGCUGCUCAGAUUUUUGAAUAAUAAUGUCUUUUCUCCUGAUUGGAAUCGCAUGCUGUAUGAGGAUGCUUGCAAAAAGCUUACUAGAGAUGACAUAGGAAUUUUGCUGUCCUUGAUUAACCAUCAGGCCCAGUAUUCUGAAGAUUGGAUUCCUGAUUCCUGCACAAUUGUUCUAGAACUCUGUUUUGAACUGAUCAAAAAGCUUCUCUCACUCCGAGCUUUGUCUGAUGUGGUUGAAGAAUCUCUGAUUCAGAAAAUACUUGUGAUUGAGAAUGGUGCAUUCAUUUACAAUGAGCAGACCCUUGCUUUGCUUGCACAUGCCCUAAUUUCACGCUCUGGUCCUUCUGGCAGUCACCUUAGGUCCAAGAUAUAUGACAUUUUUAUUGACUUUGUUGUUGAGAAGACAAAAGCAGUAUGUUCCAGCUGCCCCACUCUUCAUGAAGUGCUGGAGACGCUUCCAUCUGUUUUUCACAUUGAGAUCCUUUUGAUGGCGUUCCAUCUGUCUGCCGACAAGGAAAAAUCUUCUCAGAUGAGUGCAAUAUUUUCCUCUAUUAGAACUAUCGAUGCUCCUUCUGGCUGUGACAGCAUGCAACUCACUUGCUGGGCUUUGCUUGUGUCAAGGAUGGUUUUAGUAUUUCGUCACAUGUUAUUUUUUCCUCAUGGUUGUCCACCAUCUUUACCUUUAGAGUUCAGAUCAAAGCUGAGGGGGAGCCCACUAGCUAGAAUGCGUCGUUCUGAUUCAUCUUCUUGGACUCCUUUGAUUCUGGAAAAUGUAACCAAUAUGUGGCAUAAAGAAGCCCCUGCUAGGAGAAUUUUAUUGAGUCAAUUAGUUGAUGUUGCAACCAUUCCAAGUUCUCUUUAUGGGAGUGAUUCAGCUGUUGACUUUUUGAAUUUGUCAUGGAAUGAAUUAUCUGUCUGUUUCUCUUCGAUUCUUGGUUUGUGGAAAGGAAAACAAGCUGGAAAUGUGGAAGACUUAAUUGUUGAAAGGUACAUGUUUCUUCUUUGUUGGGACAUCUGUAUGAUUGAACCAGCAUUAGAGCCUGCACUAAUUUCUUUGAGAGAGUUAGAGCAUUGUGAAGGCAUAGAGGUAGAGCAUUUUAUUGCCUUUAGCAGCUUGGUUUUGGGCCAUGGUGGUGUCGUCAAGCAGAAAGUUGAUUUUCCCCUUGUUGUUAUGGGAUUGCUGCGCCAUCUGCAUGGUUUAUGCUCAUCUGACCUUGUAGACGUUGGCUGGGACUUUUAUUUGGCUGGAUCGUGGUUUUCUCUCAUAUUAUGCGUGUUUGAUGCUGGUAUUUGGGAAUUCUGCAAGAAGAACUCCAUUGAAUCAGGUUGUCCUGGAUGGGGGGGACUUGCUCCCAGGGAUUCUGAGUUUCUCGCUCUGGCUGAAACCCUUGUUUCCAGUUCUUUGGUUGAUGAAAACUUCACCAUGCUGCUUAGGUUGCUGUUGUCCUUCCUGAAGAGAUUUUUGGCUGCUUACCAGAAGGCUUUUCUUCGAACCUUCAGUAAUGGAGACCCCACUGCUGAUGAUAGUUUUUCACCCCUGUUGCUCCUUAAACACACUGGGUUUGAGAAAUCCAAACAGAGUGAGAUUUGUGUGAGGAUGGGGUAUGAUUUGUUCCACCUGGAAUCCUUUUACAAGCUUUUGCCCGAGGUAUCCAAAACCAUUGAGAAAAUAGUUACAGACUGCCGAUCUAAAGUUUACUGGGAAGUUUCAUUGCAUGGUUUCCCAUGUCAUUCCCAGAUUUUCAGUGGAGUUCUUCUCUCUUGCAUUCUUAAUAUCAAGGGAAUUGUUGGUGUGCUAGAUGGACUACUAAAGGUCAAAGGUUUAAACGGAAGUAUUUUUAUGGAGACUGAGCUACGCAAUCAAAUUCUAGAAUCUGUACUUACAAUCAAGUGUGACCGAGUCUUUGAGAUUCUUCAUGGAAAAUGUGAGGCUGCCUACAAAAGCUUGAGUUCAGUUACAGAAGGUCCUGAAUACAGCAGCGUGUUCAUAAUGAAGAACUUGGAGGGGUUUCUGCGUCAUGUCAACCAAACUGGGGCUGAUAGCAGUAUUCAUGAGGGUUUAAUUACCUAUUUUAUUGACAUUCUCAGUGACCUCAAAAGGGAUACCUCAAAAGCUCUCGUACUCAAGUAUUUCCUCUCAGAUGAGGACAUGUCUGAACCCUUCCAGAAUUUUUGUGGAGCACCUCGGUGUGAUUUGUUGGUUCUUAUUGAUUCGUUGGAUUGUUGCAAUUCUGAGCCUGUCAAUGUAAAAGUCAUCAACUUUUUCGUGGAUCUUUUGUCCGGAGAUAUGCAUCUUGAUGUCAAACAGAGAUUACAGCGAAAAUUCCUUGCCAUGGACUUAUCAAGCCUGUCAAGGUGGCUGGAACAGAGGCUUCUCGGAUCUGUGUUGGAGUCGUCCAGUGGGCUUUUCUGCACUAAAGAGUCGUCAGUCUCUUUGAGGGAGUCCACAAUGAAUCUCAUUAUGUGCCUUUUAUCUCCUCCAGCAGAAUCUAUUUCCCAAGAACUGCGCAGGCAUAUCUUUGAAGCUAUGCUGCUUCCACUUGAUGGCGCUUUUCUGCAUUUUGAUGUUGGCAUAGCCAAGUCUUAUUUUAACUUUUCGCUUCAGCUCUCCAGAGGAGAUAUGUUGAUCAGACAACUUUUGCAAAGAACAGUCUCUCUAAUAGAGAAACUUAGUGGUGAUGAAGGCCGCCUUCCAGGAUUAAAGUUUAUAUUUGGCUUUCUGUCUGCUGUAUUGAGUGAGAGUGGAUACAUCAAGAAUACAGUGGAUAAAUCUUCACUAAGAACUAGUUCUAGAAGUGCUUCUGGGGUUGGGCCUCUAACAUCAAGACCUGUUAACGCAGAUGCUUUGAUGAUUUCUGCCAAUCAAGGAGCUACACCAGCUAUAGACUGUGAUGCUACUUCUGUGGACGAGGACGAGGAUGAUGGUACAUCUGAUGGGGAUGUGGGUAGUAAUUUAGACAAAGAUGAUGACGAGGAUGGUAACAGUGAAAAGGCCCUUGCAUCUAAAGUUUGCACAUUUACAUCCAGUGGUAGCAAUUUCAUGGAACAACAUUGGUACUUCUGUUACACUUGUGACCUGACUGUCUCUAAAGGUUGCUGCUCUGUCUGUGCAAAGGUUUGUCACCGUGGUCACCGCGUGGUUUAUUCUCGCUCUAGUCGCUUCUUCUGUGAUUGUGGGGCUGGGGGUGUGCGUGGCAGCAGUUGUCAAUGCUUGAAGCCCCGAAAAUUCACCAGAGGUCCUGAUUCACCCAGUCAAGAUGCAGGUGGUAACCUUGAAUCUUUUCUACCUUUCCCAGAAAGUGCAGAUCAGCUUCCUGAGAGCGAUUCAGAUGUUGAGGAGGAUGCUUUAGUUGAACAGGAUCAUUCUAUAAAGCUAUCUUUUCCAAAGGAAUUUCAAGAUGGAAUGCCAAAUUUCAUUGGGGAAACUGAUCUUGAAGAUCGUGUCUUACAACUUUGUUCUGCUGUGCUGCCAUCAAUAACAGCCAGAAGGGACUCGAACCUUUCGAGGGAACAGAAGAUCGACUUAGGGGCAGAUAAAGUGCUUUCCCAUGGAGCGGAGCUUUUGCAAUUGAAGAAGGCUUACAAAAGUGGGUCAUUAGACUUGAAGAUAAAGGCAGAUUACUCUAAUUCAAAGGAACUUAAAACCCACUUAGCUAGUGGUUCUCUUGUGAAAUCCUUACUUAGUGUUAGUAGUCGAGGUCGACUUGCUGUUGGAGAAGGUGAUAAAGUUGCCAUUUUUGAUGUUGGGCAGCUGAUUGGACAAGCCACCACUGCACCUGUGACUGCUGACAAGGCUAAUGUGAAGCCUCUUUCAAAAAAUAUUGUCCGUUUUGAGAUUGUACAUAUCAUUUUCAAUCCCGCAGUUGAUAAUUAUCUUGCUGUUGCUGGCUUUGAAGAUUGCCAGGUGCUCACGGUAAAUCACCGAGGUGAGGUGACAGACCGUUUAGCUGUUGAACUUGCUCUGCAAGGUGCAUAUAUCAGGCGCUUAGACUGGAUACCAGGCUCACAGGUCCAUCUAAUGGUCAUCACCAACAAAUUUGUGAAAAUAUAUGACUUAUCUCAGGAUAACAUUAGCCCUAUGCAUUACUUCACAUUGCCUGAUGACAUGAUUGUGGAUGCAACGGUUAUUAUGGCUACCCAGGGAAGGGUAUUCCUAAUAGUCCUUGCAGAGAGUGGUAACUUGUACAGGUUAGAGUUAUCCAUGAAAGGAAAUGUUGGUGUCAAAGCAUUGAAGGAAACUAUAAAAACUAAAGGCAAAGACCAUUCCAAGGGCCUGUCCUUGCACUUCUCAACGUCCCACAAGCUUCUUUUUGUGUCUUAUCAAGAUGGGACUACCUUGAUUGGUCGGCUGAAUUCCAAUGCAACAUCCAUGGCUGAAGUGUGUGCCUUAGUUGACAAUGAACCAGAUGGGAAGCUCCGACCAGCUGGAUUGCAUCACUGGAAAGAGUUGCUAGAUGGAAUUGGUUUGUUCUUUUGCUUUUCAAGUUUGAAAGCAAAUGCUUCAUUUGUUGUCUCUAUUCGUGAGUGCGAAUUACUCUGCCAAAAUAUGCGGCAUUCAGUUGGUUCAAAUUCUCCAUUGGUUGGGAUUACUGCUUACAAACCCCUCUCCAAAGACAAGAUCCACUGUCUUACUUUGCACGAUGAUGGAAGCCUUCAGAUAUACCUACAUGUUCCUUUGGGGGUUGACAAUAGUGUGGCUGGUGUCUCUGAGAUUGUGAAGAAGUUGGGUUCUGGAAUUCUUAGCAAUAAAACUUAUGGAGGUGUUAAACCUGAAUUUCCUCUUGAUUUUUUUGAGAAAACAGUUUUGAUUACACCAGAUGUGAAACUGAGCGGUGAUGCUAUCAGAAAUGGUGACUCUGAAGGAGCUAAACAAACAUUGGCAUCUGAAGAUGGAUAUUUGGAGGGCUCUAGCCCUUCUGGUUUUAAGAUCACUGUUUCUAAUCCUAACCCUGAUAUUGUCAUGGUUGGCUGCCGUGUGCAUGUUGGUAAUACAUCAGCAAAUCAUAUUCCUUCUGAAAUUAAUGUAUUCCAGCGAGUGAUAAAAUUGGAUGAGGGAAUGAGGUCUUGGUAUGAUAUUCCAUUCACGGUAGCUGAAUCUCUUCUUGCUGAUGAAGAGUUUUCUAUAUCUGUUGGCCCACCCUUCGGUGGAUCUGCGUUGCCACGGAUAGAUUCUUUGGAAGUUUAUGGUCGGGCUAAGGAUGAAUUUGGCUGGAAGGAAAAAAUGGAUGCAAUUUUAAACAUGGAGGCACGCACACUUGGCUCUAAUUCAUGGGGUUCAGCAUCAGGGAGGAAGUCUCGUGCUACUCAAACUGCUCCUCUCCAGGAGCAGGUAAUGGCUGAAGGCCUUAAGCUCCUAUCAAGGAUCUAUUCCUGCAAGUCAGAAGAAUGCUCAAAAGUUGAAGAAGUGAACAAACUCAAGUGUCAUAAAUUACUGGAAACCAUAUUUGAGAGUGACAGAGAACCUUUAUUGCUGACAUCUGCCUGUCGUGUCUUGCAGGCUUUAUGCCCCAAAAGGGAGAUUUAUCACCAAGUUAAGGAUGCCCUGCGGCUCUCUGGAGUGGUGAAAUCAACUUCCAACCUUUCUUCCAAACUGGGGACAGGUGGGAAUGCUCCGGGUUGGAUUAUUGAGGAGUUCACAGCACAAAUGCGUGCAGUUUCUAGGAUUGCGUUGCAUCGGCGCUCUAAUUUAGCUGCUUUCCUCGAGACAAAUGGUUCUGAAGUAAUUGAUGGCCUCAUGCAAGUGCUAUGGGGCAUUUUGGACCUAGAGCAUCCUGACACACAGACAAUGAAUAAUAUAGUUGUGUCUUCUGUGGAACUAAUAUAUAGUUAUGCUGAGUGUUUGGCAUUGAAUGCGAAUGAGACCGACAGGCACUCUGUAGGUCCUGCUGUUUCAUUGUUCAGGGAACUCCUGUUCUCCGCAAAUCAGGCUGUUCAAACUUCCAGCAGCCUUGCGAUAUCUUCGAGAUUGCUCCAGGUUCCUUUUCCAAAGCAAACCAUGUUAGUUGCUGAAGAUGUUUCAGAAAAUGCAGCACCUGCUCCUGUGCAGGCUGAUAUUACAAGUGCAACUACUGGAAACACUCAUAUUAUGGUUGAAGACGACAAUAUUACGUCUUCUGUUCAAUACUGUUGUGAUGGCUGCUCUACUGUUCCAAUUCUAAGGCGAAGGUGGCAUUGUACUAUUUGCCCUGACUUUGAUUUGUGUGAGGCAUGCUAUGAAGUAUUAGAUGCAGAUCGCCUUCCUCCACCUCAUUCGAGAGAUCAUCCUAUGACAGCAAUUCCCAUUGAAGUGGAAUCAUUGGGUGUUGAGGGCAAUGAAAUCCACUUCAGUGCAGAUGAUCUGGGGGAUCCAAAUUUGUUGACAAUCCAACCGAAUGUCAGCAUACAGAAUACUGCUUCCUCUAUCCAUGAUUUAGAACAGGGGGAGCCUGCAGAGUUUUCCGGUUCAGUGUUUGAUCCUGUUACUAUUUCUGCUUCCAAAAGAAUCGUGAAUUCUUUAGUUCUAUCUGAGCUGCUGGAUCAACUCAAAGGAUGGAUGCAGACUACUUCAGGAGUUCGCGCUAUCCCAGUCCUGCAACUUCUUUUCAGGUUGUCAUCAGCUACUGGUGGACCAUUUGAUAAUGGCUUGGAGUCAGAAAGCUUGGAUUUGGAGAAGUUAGUAAGGUGGUUUUUGGAUGAGAUUAAUCUGAACAAGACUUUUGCUGCUAGAAAUCGUUCUCCAUUUGGUGAAGUUGUAAUUCUUGUCUUUAUGUUCUUCACUCUGAUGCUUCGAAAUUGGAAUCAACCUGGCGGCGAUGCUUCUGUACAGAAACAAGGUAGUACAGUUGAUUCAAAUGAGAAAAAUCUUGUCCAAAGUUUGCCUUCCGCUGCUGUUCAUAGCCAAGAGAAAUCUGACUCUGUUUCACAUCUCGUUCGAGCAUGUGGACUACUUAGGCAGCAGACCUUUGUAACUUAUUUAAUGGACAUAUUACAGCAGCUCGUCCACGUCUUUAAGUCCUCGCAUGUAAAUACUGACAGUUCAACUGGCUCCAAUCCUGGUUCUGGAUGCGGUUCUCUGUUAACCAUCAGAAGAGAUCUACCAGCUGGUAAUUUUGCACCAUUCUUUUCAGAUGCAUAUGCUAAGUCUCACCGAACUGAUAUAUUUGCUGACUACCCAAGGCUGUUGUUGGAGAAUACUUUCCGGCUUGUUUACAGUCUUAUUCGGCCAGAAAAGCAUGAUAAGGGUGGGGAGAAAGAUAAGUUUUCCAAGACUUCUAAUAAAGAUUUGAAGCUUGAUGGGUAUCAAGAUAUCUUGUGUAGCUACAUCAACAACCCGCAAACCACUUUUGUGAGAAGAUAUGCGAGAAGGCUUUUUCUGCAUCUCUGUGGCAGUAAAACUCAUUACUACAGUGUUCGAGACACGUGGCAAUUUUCAAGUGAAGUAAAGAAGCUAUACAAACAUGUUAACAAAUCUGGUGGCUUUCAAAGUACUAUCUCUUACGAGAGAAGUGUCAAGAUUGUCAAGUGUCUCUCAACCUUGGCUGAAGUUGCUGCAGCACGUCCGAGAAAUUGGCAGAAGUAUUGUAUGCGGCAUACGGAUGUUUUAACGUUCCUUAUGAAAGGAGUUUUCUAUUUUGGGGAAGAGUGUGUUGUCCAGUCUUUGAAACUAUUGUGUUUGGCUUUUUAUACUGGAAAAGAUGCGCACCAAUCUUUGCAAAAAUCUGAAGGCGGAGAAGCAGGAGUAAGCUCAAACAGGUCUGGUUCGCAGCCUUUGGAAUCAAAAAAAAAGAAGAAAGGUGAAGAUGGAGCUGAAUCUGGCCUGGAAAAGUCCUAUUUGGACAUGGAAUCAGUAGUAGGUAUCUUUACUGAAAAUGAUGGUGAUGCUUUGAAGCAAUUCGUUGACUUGUUUCUCCUCGAGUGGAAUUCAAGUUCCGUUCGUGUUGAAGCUAAGGGUGUUCUAAAUGGUAUCUGGCAUCAUGGUAACCAGCCGUUCAAGGAAACUAUGUUAACGGUUCUUUUGCAGAAAGUUAAAUCUCUUCCAAUGUAUGGCCAGAAUAUUACUGAAUACACACAACUUGUUACCUCAUUGCUAGGGAGGAGUUCUGAAAAUACUGCAAAGCAACAGACAAAUGAGAUCAUAGACAAAUGCUUGACCCCUGACGUGGUUAGGUGCAUGUUUGAGACUCUUAGGUCCCAGAAUGAUUUGUUGGCUAACCAUCCCAACUCCCGUAUAUAUAAUACGCUAAGUAGUUUGGUGGAGUUUGAUGGUUAUUAUCUUGAAAGUGAGCCUUGUGUUGCGUGCAGCUCUCCGGAGGUUCCCUAUAGCAGGAUGAAGCUUGAAAGUUUGAAAUCAGAAACAAAGUUCACAGACAAUCGCAUUAUUGUGAAAUGUACUGGAAGCUAUACUAUUCAGAGUGUGACCAUGAAUGUUCAUGAUGCUCGCAAAUCGAAAUCAGUAAAAGUCCUGAACCUUUACUACAACAAUAGACCUGUGGCUGACCUAUCAGAGUUGAAAAAUAAUUGGUCAUUGUGGAAGCGUGCAAAAACUUGUCAUCUUGCCUUUAAUCAGACAGAGCUCAAAGUUGAUUUCCCUAUCCCGAUCACUGCUUGCAAUUUCAUGAUUGAGUUAGAGUUCUUCUAUGAAAAUCUUCAAGCUUUAUCACUUGAGCCACUGCAGUGCCCACGUUGUAGUCGGCCUGUUACUGACAAGCAUGGUAUCUGCAGCAACUGCCAUGAGAAUGCUUACCAGUGUCGGCAAUGCCGAAACAUCAAUUAUGAGAAUCUUGAUUCAUUCCUGUGUAAUGAAUGUGGUUAUAGCAAAUAUGGUCGUUUUGAGUUCAAUUUCAUGGCAAAGCCAAGUUUCACCUUUGAUAAUAUGGAAAAUGAUGAGGAUAUGAAGCGUGGAUUGGCAGCAAUAGAAUCUGAAUCAGAAAAUGCUCACCGGAGGUACCAACAGCUUUUAGGAUUCAAAAAACCUUUGCUGAAGAUAGUAUCUAGUAUUGGUGAGAAUGAAAUGGACUCUCAGCAGAAAGACUCUGUUCAACAGAUGAUGGUUUCCUUGCCUGGACCGUCAUGUAAGAUAAACCGUAAAAUUGCUCUUCUCGGUGUCUUGUACGGUGAGAAGUGUAAAGCAGCUUUUGAUUCUGUCAGCAAAAGUGUUCAAACACUUCAAGGUCUUAGACGGGUUCUAAUGAAUUAUUUGCAUCUAAAGCACUCUGAUAGUGCCGUGGCUUCCUCUAGGUUCGUUGUAUCAAGGUCAGCUAACAGUUGCUAUGGUUGUGCAACUACGUUUGUCUCACAAUGCCUUGAGAUGUUGCUGGUGCUUUCAAAACAUCCGACUUCGAAAAAACAGCUUGUCACAGCAGGAAUCUUGUCUGAAUUGUUUGAAAAUAACAUCCACCAAGGCCCAAAAACUGCUCGGGUCCAGGCCAGGGCUGCACUCUGUGCUUUCUCUGAGGGCGAUGUGAAUGCAGUGGCUGAGUUGAAUGGUUUAAUUCAAAGGAAGGUCAUGUAUUGCCUUGAGCAUCACCGGUCAAUGGACAUUGCAUUGGCAACCCGUGAAGAGUUGUUAUUACUCUCGGAUGUCUGUUCUUUGGUUGAUGAAUUUUGGGAGGGGAGAUUAAGGGUUGCAUUCCAGUUGUUGUUUUCUUCCAUCAAAUUGGGUGGCAAGCAUCCAGCUAUAUCCGAGCAUGUUAUUCUCCCUUGCCUGAGGAUCAUAUCCAUAGCAUGUACUCCUCCGAAACCUGAUGCAGGAGAGAAAGAACCACCAAAUGGAAAAUCUGCUACAGUUUCACAAUUGAAAGAUGAGAAACGAUCAAAUGUAACCGCAUCUGUUGCACAAAGUAGUGGAAACAAAGUUGUCACCGAGUCAUCGGAAAAGAGCUGGGACGGGUCACAAAAGACGCAAGAUAUUCAAUUGUUAAGCUAUUCAGAGUGGGAAAAAGGGGCAUCAUAUCUUGAUUUUGUCAGGAGGCAGUAUAAAGUGUCACAGGUGGUCAAAAGUGGUCCUAGAGCUCGAUCUAACAGAUAUGAUUACCUGGCUCUGAAAUAUGUGCUCAAGUGGCGACGGCGUGCUUGCAAGUCUCAGAGCGGCAUAGCUUCAUUUGAAUUGGGAUCUUGGGUCACAGAACUUAUACUAAGUGCUUGUUCGCAGUCUCUAAGAUCAGAGAUGUGCAUGCUACUCAGUUUGCUUUGGGGACAAAGUUCAUCCCGACGGUAUCGGUUGUUAAAUUUACUUAUGUCUUUGUUACCAGCGACUUUGGCUGCUGGUGAAAAUGCUGCUGAGUAUUUUGAAUUGCUUUUUAAGAUGAUAGAAUCAGAAGAUGCACGACUCUUUGUAACUGUACGUGGGGGCCUGGCUACAAUAUGCGAGCUGAUUACACAAGAAGUUAAUAACAUUGAAUCUUUUGAGAGGAGUCUGCAUAUCGACAUCUCUCAAGGAUUCAUUCUUCACAAGCUUAUUGAGCUACUUGGAAAAUUUUUGGAAGUCCGGAACAUUAGAUCCCGGUUUAUGAGGGAACAGUUUCUGGCGAAACUUCUUGAGGCACUUAUUGUGAUUAGGGGAUUGAUUGUACAAAAAACAAAGCUCAUUUGUGAUUGUAAUCGUCUUCUCAAAGAUCUUUUGGAUAGUCUUCUGCUCGAGAGUGAGGAAAAUAAACGUCACUUUAUCCAGGCAUGCAUGCACGGUCUACAAAUUCAUGGGGAGGAGAGAAAAGGACGUAAUUCUAUGUUCAUCUUGGAGCAGCUCUGCAAUCUCAUUUCUCCUUCAAAACCGGAGGCUGUUUGUCUUCUUAUAUUGAACAAGGCGCAUACUCAGGAAGAAUUUAUCAGGGGAUCAAUGACAAAAAAUCCUUAUUCCAGUGCUGAGAUUGGUCCUCUGAUGCGUGAUGUUAAAAACAAAAUUUGCCACCAAUUGGAUCUUUUGGGUCUACUUGAAGAUGACUACGGCAUGGAACUCCUUGUAGCAGGCAAUAUCAUCUCUCUUGAUUUGAGUAUUUCCCAAGUCUAUGAGCAAGUCUGGAAGAAAUCCAACAAUCAGUCUUCCAAUGCAUUAGCCGGAACAACAUUGCUUCAAUCUGGUAAUGGUGUAUCAAGCAGGGAUUACCCACCAAUGACAGUGACUUAUCGACUUCAGGGACUGGAUGGAGAAGCUACAGAGCCUAUGAUCAAGGAGUUGGAUGAGGACAGAGAAGAAUCUCAAGAUCCUGAGGUCGAGUUUGCAAUAGCUGGUGCUGUCCGUGAAUGUGGCGGUCUGGAAGUUCUCCUGGCGAUGGUUCAGCGGUUACGGGAUGAUUUAAAGUCCAACCAAGAGCAGCUGGUUGCGGUGCUUAAUCUGCUUAUGCUAUGUUGCAAGACUAGAGAAAACAGACGAGCUUUACUGAGAUUGGGAGCUUUGAGUUUGCUCCUUGAAACAGCUAGACGUGCUUUCUCAGUGGAUGCGAUGGAGCCUGCUGAGGGAAUUUUAUUAAUUGUGGAGAGCCUGACUUUGGAGGCCAAUGAGAGUGACAGUAUUAGUAUAGCACCUGGUGUUGCUACUGUUUGUAGCGAAGAAAUUGGUACGAGUGAGCAAGCUAAGAAAAUAGUCUUGAUGUUCCUGGAAAGGUUAUCUCAUCCGGUAGGUGCUAAGAAAUCGGGCAAACAACAGCGGAAUACAGAAAUGGUUGCAAGAAUUUUGCCAUAUCUGACCUAUGGUGAGCCCACAGCAAUGGAAGCACUGAUUGAACAUUUUGAGCCCUACUUAAGAAACUGGAUUGAAUUUGAUAGGCUGCAAAAACAGUGUGAAGACAACCCAAAGGAUGAAAACAUGGCUCAACAAGCAAAUAAACAAAAAUUUGCUCUUGAGAAUUUUGUGAGAGUUUCGGAGUCUUUGAAGACAAGUUCCUGUGGAGAAAGAUUAAAGGACAUUAUAUUAGAAAAAGGGAUAACAGGAGCUGCUGUCAAACAUUUGAAGGAUACCUUUGCAUGUACCGGACAGGCUGGCUUCAAAUCUAGUGCAGAAUGGCAACUGGGUCUUAAAUUACCCUCAGUUCCUCUUAUUUUAUCCAUGUUAAGGGGAUUGUCACUUGGGCAUCUAGCUACUCAAACAUGCAUAGACAAUGGUGGGAUUUUACCUUUGCUCCAUACUUUGGAAGGUGUACCCGGUGAAAAUGAGAUCGGUGCCAGGGCUGAGAACUUGUUGGACAUGCUCUCUGACAAAGAGGGUACAGGUGAUGGAUUUCUUACUGAGAAGGUUCACCAACUCAGGCAUGCCACAAGGGAUGAGAUGAGGCGUCGAGCUUUAAGGAAGAGAGAAGAAUUGCUCAAGGGUCUGGGGAUGCGGCAAGAAUCCUCUUUAGAUGGUGGGGAGCGUAUCGUGGUUGCUCAGCCCGUUCUUGAAGGUUUGGAAGACGUGGAAGAAGAAGAAGAAGGACUGGCUUGCAUGGUUUGUCGAGAGGGUUAUCGAUUGAGACCCACUGACUUACUGGGGGUUUAUACUUACAGUAAACGGGUAAAUCUUGGUAUUGGAGCAUCAGGGAAUGCUCGUGGUGACACUGUGUAUACAACUGUCAGUCAUUUCAACAUCAUACACUUCCAGUGCCAUCAGGAAGCUAAAAGGGCAGAUGCUGCACUCAAAAAUCCGAAAAAGGAAUGGGAUGGUGCUGCUCUCAGAAAUAAUGAGACACUCUGCAAUAAUCUGUUCCCUGUGAGAGGUCCAUCGGUUCCAUUAUCUCAAUAUCUACGAUACAUUGACCAGUAUUGGGAUUACCUUAAUGCUCUUGGGCGUGCUGAUGGAAGCCGUCUUCGUCUGCUGACUUAUGACAUCGUUUUGAUGCUUGCACGAUUUGCGACUGGUGCUUCAUUUAGUGCUGAUAGUAGAGGUGGGGGAAAAGAAAGUAACUCCCGCUUCUUACCUUUCAUGAUUCAGAUGGCUCGCCAUCUUGUUGACCACGACACUUCUCAGCGUCAGGCAAUGGAGAGAUCUGUCGCAACCUACUUGGCAUCAUCCAUUCUAGAACCAAGAGCAUCAAGUCCUGGGACUCCAUCCUCCACUGCUACAGAGGAAACUGUGCAGUUCAUGAUGGUGAGUUCUCUUUUGGCAGAAUCUUAUGAGUCAUGGUUGCAACAUCGCCGCGCCUUCUUGCAGCGCGGGAUAUACCAUGCUUAUAUGCAGCAGACUCAUGGGAGGCCAAGCAACCGAUCGCCCAGUGCAACAAGUAGUCCAUCAAGAUCUGAUGUGGCUGGGACAAGUGGGGCGCACACAGGUGGACAUGAUGAGUUAUUGCAACUCAUUCAACCAAUGCUUGUAUACACUGGUUUGAUUGAGCAAUUGCAGCAUUUCUUCAAGGUUAAGAAGUCUUCUCAGGCUCAAGUGUUGCCCAAGGCGUUGGAAGUGGAAGAUGAGAAUAGGAAGUUAGAAUUAUGGGAGGUGGUCAUGAAAGAGAGGCUGUUGAAUGUAAAGGAGAUGCUUGGUUUUUCCAAGGAGUUGUUGUCAUGGCUUGACGAAGUAACUUCGGCCACGGAUUUGCAGGAAGCAUUCGAUAUAAGUGGCAUGUUGUCUGAUGUGCUUUCGGGUGGUUUUACGCGAUGUGAAGACUUUGUAAAUGCUGCAAUAAGUUCCGGGAGGACCUGA